GUCGGAACCGACAGGUCAGCGGAUCGCAUCCUGCCCGAAUGCCAUCGUGAGUUGUUGCGCUUUUCACGUUCGUGCGAUCGCGACUGGGCUGGUUGCUACCAUUAAACAAAUUCAGUGUGCGACGCAGAGGCGAAUCAACAGCGCACACAGCUCCAGCAGACCAACCUACAACAAUUGUUAAUUUGAUGCGCCGGAAAAACUUUGCCGCUUUUUUGGUGUCGCGGCGUCGCGACGCACUAACUCGGAUCCGACGCAUCGAACUCACCAGCGCCUAGGUUACUCGCCUGAUCUCCCGUUGAACAUCCAGUGCUUAUUCCAACCGCCGCUUGACACCCAACAACUGCAUAAUAAUAUUUUCUAAAAAUAGUUUGAUGUGAAAUAAUUAAAGUGACUUUGUGGCGGACCAUGGCAUUAUUUUGACCCAUGAAAAAACGGAAGUGGUGCUGAAAACUGUGGAAAUUAAUUUGGAUAAUAGAAACAAGUGUGUCAGUGCAUUUUCCAUCGUUAAUAAAGGUUUGAGUGGCAAACCUUUAAUUACUUCUGUGUUUAUAAAGCAUAGUUUCAGUCUGAUCUCAUCAUUGAGGGUACUAUGAUCACGAUGGAGUGCCAGCCAGGGGGUCAUGGAGGCCACUUGGGGCACUCCAUGAUGCUCGAUCCCUCCGGCGUCAUCCAUCAGGACGACCACAAGAAGAAAGGUUUUCUAGGAGACAGCAACGCACACGUUGGGUCGUCAUCGGGUGAUGUGUAUCUUGAUGACAUGGAUGAUUCAGGUCAUGGUGGCGUAAAUCAAUUAGGCGGGGUGUUUGUGAACGGGCGACCGCUGCCCGACGUGGUGCGCCAGCGGAUCGUCGAGCUGGCGCACAACGGGGUCAGACCGUGCGACAUUUCCCGUCAGUUGAGGGUGUCGCACGGAUGCGUUUCCAAAAUUUUAUCAAGGUAUUACGAAACGGGUAGUUUCAAAGCAGGCGUCAUUGGCGGCUCAAAACCAAAAGUAGCAACGCCACCGGUGGUGGACGCCAUCGCGAAUUACAAGCGUGAAAACCCAACGAUGUUUGCGUGGGAGAUCCGAGAUCGACUGCUCGCCGAAGGCAUCUGCUCUCAAGAUAACGUACCCAGUGUUUCGUCUAUUAAUAGGAUCGUAAGGAAUAAGGCAGCGGAGAAGGCGAAGCACGCACACCACAUUGCAACGAGCGGCGGCGGCGGUGGUGGCGGCGGCACGAAUACGGGCGGAGGCGGCACCGGAACGCCGCCGAGCGGCGGCCCAGUGUCGGUCAUCGCUCACGCGCCAGCCACUCAACUCAGCGAACCUCGUUCGGGCGCUUAUAGCAUCAAUGGCAUUCUGGGACUGCAGCACGAUCCGAAUGGCAAUAGCAUUAAGCGGAAACGAAUCGAGGAUCACGAUGAAAAUAGAGAUAUCAACGGACAUCCGGAGGAUGAUUUGAAACGACAGAGAUCGCACUACAAUGGCGAUCAGCUCUACUCGAAUUUGUGGUCCAGUAAGUGGAGCAUUAAAGACGAACACAAACUGCUAUCAGAACUGGGUGGUACGGGCAACCAACCGGGCCAGACGGGAUACUACGACACGCACGCUAGUUUUCCAGGCGUCGGAGUCGCUAGCUCGGCAGCCGACAUCUACGAUUCGAUUAACACCAUGAGUCAGGCAAAUUCACAAAAUUUGUACACGCCACCUUUGACUGGAUCGUUAGAAACGACAACGGCGUACAGUGGUGUUGUGGGCUUGGGCUCGGGUGUGGACGGCUCCUCUCCCGGUUUGCCGCUCACGCUGCCGGCCGAGCCAGGAAGCCAACCCACCUCUCAUACGGGAUCACCAGAUCCCGCCGCACUUACUGUCCUUCAGCCCUCAAACGGUACUCAGCAUUAUUCGGCGAUGUUACCUAGUUUUGGUUACACCACAGGAAGUACGGUAGUGCCUGGAUCGGAUUAUGCUUACAGCACAGCAUACAGUCAAUAUGGGGCGGCUUAUGGCACUGCAUACGGAUAUGGAAGCGCAUCCAGCGGGUUGCUCAAUACAUAUUACUAUACAAACAACGAUCCCACGAUUGUAAAUACGAGCAACUCGGUAAACACUACUGCCGCCCCCGGGUCGGAGCAGAGCAGUCGAUCCCCACUGGCGGCAACUCGUGCUAACUCGUUGGCUUCGGCCAAUUCGCCAACGGAGAGCGGCAGCGCAUGCCAGAAGGGCGAAGAGGCCGUCAUCUUCAAUUCGGAUCUUAAUCACUUGUGGUCGAAGAUGGAACCGUCCAAUGUACGCGAAUCUUAAAGCGGGCUUAAAGUUGGCGCAGUUCAGUGGCACGAAAUGACAAAUUAGAAGCCAAAAAGACGAACUGCAAAUAAAGUGCACCGAGAGUUCACAUGUAAAAAUUAAUCAAGAGACUAUUAUACAAAUAGAUUUAGCAAUUAAGUAAUUUAUGAUAAUUUGCAAUGAAACAAUGUAAAAUUUAUGUACCAUUGGCAUAGUUAUCAAUGACCAGUUGUGGACUCGUUCUUAGUGCAACUUUAGUUUAAAUAAAUCUAUAUGGAGUUCAGGAGUUCAUACACAGUGAGAAAUGUAAUGUAUACAAACGCAUUACAUGUAUCGAAGACCUUCGCAAGACUUGCAUUACUAUACAUUAUUUUCAUUAACAACAUUUAUUUUCUUUUAAUAUUUGUAAGAACGUCUAAUGGUCUCAAAUUUUGAAUCAAACGAACUAAUUUUGUUGUUAAACUUUAUUUAUACUUAUAUUUAUAAGCGUAAUCUUCUUAUUACAAUUCAAAGAAAUACUUUUUAUUUUAUUUAUCCAAUGACAAUAUUUUUUACAAUCUUUUUUUAUUUUGAUAUCGUACUCUGUACUUAUAAAUUGCUAUGUACUUGAUUUUAAUUUAGUAUUAAUGUUUUAAGAUUUGUUUUUAAUUAGAUGCGUGAUCACAAACGUACGAGAAAGCAACAAAACGUUUAUUUGUUUAGUUGAUUAAGAGCACACCAAAGAAAUAUAUCUAAUAUAAAGAGUAAUUAAAUGAUGAAAAUACGAAAUAUAAUUAGCCAAUUACCUUACUAGUAAUAACCUGAUUGAGAAAUGAGAAAAAUAUCUAGCAAAGCAAAUGGCACAUGAACUCAGCACCUUAAUGAUGAUACGAUGGAUACAUUUAUACAUUUAGCACAAAAAGCAAAUAAGUUUUGAUUCGAUUAAAAUUCGAUUAAUUGUUCUUUAAUUUAUAAAUUUUUGUAAAUUGUAAAUUAUUUGUUAAUUUUACAAUAGUUGCAUUGAAAGAAUGUGAAAAUUGAAAUAAUGUAAUAGUUAUUUAAAUGAAUCAAAUGGAAACAACACAGGCGCAAAUGUAAGAAGGUAUUAAGGAAUCUGUUUACUAGUCACAGAUGAAAUCGUACUAAUGAUCAAAACUGGUCAAAAUUAUAGCAGGAACCAAGAAAAAUUGCAAGUUUUACAAAGAUGCAAACGAGAAAAUUAUAGGACAAAUUUUAAUUCAAAAUAAGACCGUUGAUAUUUUUAUAUAGUAUACAAUUAAUUGAAAUUAUCGCAUUUGUUAGAAUUGAAAAUUGUAUUUAGCAAAAACGAUUAUUUCCUGGUUAACUUUGCAAUUAAUUGCAAUUUUUCUUGCAUGCUGAAAUUACAUUUGGAUAAAUUCGUUCAAUAUUUUUUCGAAAUCAAUAUUGUAAAUUAUUGUAUAGUUCAUAUUGAUUUUAAACAAAGAUAUAGAAUGGCACUACGAUGAAAUAACUAAAAUCAUUUGAGUGUACAUGAUGACAAUGACUUUUUUGUAUAAUUAAAAUGUGUAAUAAAUUAUACCAAAGAAGAUGGCCCACUUAUCAGAGCCGUCACGGUAUUGUAAGUAUUAUCGUAACAAUUGAACGACGAUAAGUAAUAAUUGAUUAAUGCAAAUGAAUUAUUAAUAUGAGUUAUGAUUGCGUAUUAUAUCAGAAAUUCAUGAUGAUUAUGAGCAAUUUUAUGAUUAUGAUUACAAUGAUGAUUGAAUUAUAAUUAAUUGUAAUACUUGUA